UAUGAUCUGGGUACCGAUUUCUAUACUUCCUACCUCAUCGAUCUCGUGUGAUGUUAGCAAAUUUUGAUCCCGGGAAAGGGCUCCCGGCUACCGCUAUCCCGUGCCAUUAUCCUGAUGCUCCUUCACCUGACCAGAGCUCGAGGGAGUGAAGUGGACUACUUCCACGUUCACUUCACGAGCAGGUCAAUGUGAACCUCCAGUGGUAAUAUGAAUUCAACAUUGUUCGAUCCUAUACUUCUCUUGCUAUUUCAUCCCCAGAAUUCUUUCCCGUCCCCCCGCGACCCUUGCGAUGACACCCUUGGCAUAUGAAGAGGACCUGGAGGUGUUACAGGGCAGGAUAUAUUAUAACAUGGUCUCCAACAUAGUGCAUCGCCCUAAAAAGGUGGGAGAUAACCUAUCACCACAACCUGCUAGCUCCGAAACUGUCAAGCUGCCAGUGCUACCGUCGAACCGAUUUCCCACGGAUGCACCACUCAAGCGUUCAACCCCAAGCAAAGCCGAAGACCGAAAAGCAAAGAAGGCCAAAGUACCCGAAAAGGUGCAACUGCAAGGAGAAAUCAGCGGACUUCUCGAAGAACUCGACCUUCUCAAGUGCAAGCUCACCAACAAGGAUGGCGACACUGACCACGAAGCCAUGGGAUACAACUUCUACGGGCGGAGGAAGCUCUGCGCCAUCAUCGAAGAGAACUGGGACGCCGACCUGACCACCUUCUUCCGCAAUGAUGCUAGGGGUAUCGAUAUCCAUCCUCGCAUCCCGCCGACGAAAGAGCACGAUCUAUCCGCUUUCACGAAGAGACGGCUCGCAAGGGAGGGCGAAUCGGUGACGGAAUUCCUGGAGAGGAUGAACGAUGCUCCUAAGAACCCGCUCGAUUUCGGUUUCGACAUACUGUCUCAUCUUGCUGUUGUCAGUGAGUUCACGGAGGGCUUGGGGGACGGGAUGCGUCAGUUGCUCUUCGAAGCUGUGCAGACUCGCAAAGCGCAAUACCGAGCACGCAACACUGGUGAAAUGCUCAUUCUGGAUGUGAAAAAGGUCAUCAAUGACCUUGUUCAAGAAGCCGAGCAAUCAAAUGAGAAAUUAUCCAAUAGCGAUGACGGUUGGACCUCAGUUUGCAGUUGCGAGGAGUGAAGGGAUGUGUAUAAUUUGGAGUUUUCAGUGGCGUUAACGGGGAUUUCUCUGGAUUGGUUGAUACCCUAAGC